AUGACUCGCUUUCUUGGACUACCCCUCGUAGCUUUGGGCUCUGUAGCCUUGGCUACCCAGGAUGCGUUUCAAUCAAAGUGCGCUAAGUUUGGCGAUCAGAUUGAUAUUCCCAAUGUCAAGGUGAACUUUGCUGAGUAUGUUCCUGGGGGUACCAACGUGUCUUUGGCGGACAACCCUCCUAGCUGUGGUUACUUGAGCCAAGCAGUUUCAGCGGACCUGUGCCGAGUGGCUAUGGCCGUAAAAACCUCCAACAGCAGUGAGAUCACGUUGGAGGCCUGGUUCCCUCGUGAAUACAAGGGCCGUUUCCUAAGCACUGGCAACGGGGGUGUCUCUGGCUGUAUCCAGUACUAUGACCUUGCCUAUACAUCCCAAUUAGGCUUCGCAUCAGUCGGAGCUAAUAACGGACACAAUGGUACCUCAGGAGAGCCCUUCUAUCGCCACCCUGAAGUUGUCAAAGAUUAUGCAUACCGAUCCGUUCACACAGGAGUUGUUGUGGGCAAGGAACUCACCAAGCAAUUCUACGAUGAGGGCUUCGACAAGAGCUACUACCUUGGAUGUUCAACUGGUGGCCGCCAAGGAUGGAAGUCUGUCCAGAAAUAUCCCAAUGACUUCGACGGUGUAGUUGCUGGCGCACCCGCUAUCAACCUGGUCAAUCUGUUCUCUUGGAGUGCGCAUUUCUACCCCAUUACCGGCUCCCCAUCUUCAAAAACCUUCCUGUCAGCCGAUGAAUGGCAAAUUGUCCACGAUGAAAUCCUCCGUCAAUGCGACUCAAUUGAUGGCGCAAAGGAUGGAGUCAUUGAAGACCCUGAUCUCUGCCGCCCUGUCUUGGAGACUUUGACAUGUGACCCCAGUGCUUCAAACAAAACCAGUUGCCUCAGCAGUGCACAAGUCAACACCGCUCAACAGGUCCUUUCUCCCUUUUAUGGAAUCAAUGGUACUCUGUUAUACCCGCGCAUGCAACCUGGUUCCGAAAUCCUUGCUGCGCCCAUAAUGUACAGCGGAACUCCAUUCCAAUACAGCCAAGACUGGUACCGCUAUGUGGUAUAUAACGACCCGUCCUGGAGCGGUGCAAACUUCACUGUCAAGGAUGCUGCCGUUGCUCUUGCACAGAACCCAUACAACAUUCAGACCUGGGAAGGUGAUAUAUCAGCCUUCAAGAAGACUGGUGGCAAGAUACUGCAUUAUCAUGGCUUGCAGGAUCAGCUUAUUAGCUCCGAGGAUUCGAAGUGGUACUAUUCCCAUGUCUCCAACACCAUGAAGCUGCCUCCAUCCAAGCUGGAUGAGUUCUAUCGCUUCUUCCAGAUCAGCGGUAUGGGCCAUUGUGGCAGCGGUGAUGGUGCUUAUGGUAUUGGCCAGGGGUUGAAGACGUAUAGUGGCGACAAUGAGCCAGAGGACAACGUGCUGAUGGCUAUGGUCCAGUGGGUUGAAGAGGGCAAGGCGCCGGAGACUGUUCGUGGUGCCAAGUUCGUGAAUGGCCCCGGAUCUAAGGUUGAGUACAAGCGUAAGCAUUGUCGCUGGCCUCGGCGCAAUGUUUUCAAGGGCCCUGGAAAUUAUACAGACGAGAACGCCUGGCAAUGUGUCUGA